AUGGGGUUUAUUAUCUCAGAGGCAGAGAUGAGUAAGGCUGUAGAGGAUCUUCGGUUUGCUCUGGUUCUAAAAUUCCUUAGACAAAGACCAUCGAUUGACAGAGUGAGGCUGGCCAUUGUGAAAACUCGGGGCUUGUUGGAAAUCCCGACAGUGAGUUUUAUGGAUAACUAUCAUGUGUUAGUACAGAUGGGUAGUGAAAGAGAUUUUGUCCAUGGCUGGGCGAGGGAAGGUCGAACAAUGGAUGGUUACAGUUUUCGAAUUUUCUGUUGGACCAGAGAGUUUGAUUUAAAGGCGGAACUAGAUGUGGCUGCUCAAUGGGUUUUUCUUCUUGGAUUGCCGAUGCAUCUGUAUAGGAAGGACUGUCUCCAGAGUUUGGCUAGUCGAUUUGGAAGGUAUCUGGCUACAGAUCAAGCAACGUUGGCCCGUUCUAGAGCAACUGGUGCACGUAUCUGUGUGGAACUUAAUUUGUCGGCUGAGUUGGUCCAAGGUUUUCCUAUUGUUGUGGCUAACAAGAAGAUCUGGCAGCCAGUAAAGUAUGAGAAAUUGGGUUAUUAUUGUGAGAAAUGUAGGAGGUCAGGGCAUACCUCGAUGGUUUGUAGGGUGGGACAGCAACGAGGGAUUAGAAACAGGGAGGAAAGAGUGGGUCCGGAUAGAAAUGAGGGCAAGCGAAAAAUGUGGCGUGAGAAGCAGAAGGAUCCUGUUGUGAUUUUGUUAAAGCCACCAGUGGUGGAGGAGUUGCAGGAAGACCAGCCUAGUAUACCAAGUCAAAUUGAGAAGGGCAAAGAAAUUGUUCGGGUGGUGGAAAAUCAGGGGGGUAAGGAUGUGGGUGUUGUAGAUGGGGAUAUGAUAGAUGGGCGAAAAGAGGUGGUUGGGCAGGGACACGUUGUGGAAAAUAGUCCACCACUUGUCUUAAGGCGCUCUCCAAUUCUGGAUUUCUUGAUUCGAGACGAUGAGAACAGAUUAGCCUGGGAGGUUGGAGGAUCUACUAAGGCAAUUGAUGAGGCUGUGCAAGAGAAAGGCUAUGAUUCGGAGAAUGGAAAGAAGGCAUUGGCUACCAGGUUGAAAAAUAAGAGUGGUCAGUGUCCGAUUAUUGCAAUUGCGGAAUCGUUUGUGGGGGAAGAUAAAUUAGCUGACUUGGCAAGGUUUUUGGGAUUUACAAAUUUAUGUUCAAAUGCAUCAAUGGAUGAUAAAUUGUGGCUUCUUUGGCAAGAGGAAUUAAUGUUGGAUAUGGUGGAUAUGACUGAUCAGGUUAUUACAGUUUUAAUCACAAAAGGGAGUAUGCAAGUGUUGCUGUCUUUGGUUUAUGCCAAAUGUAGGUAUGUGGAAAGACGUGAGUUGUGGAAUUCUUUGAGGAGCACGGCUAGUGUUAACAUUCCAUGGUUGGUAGCUGGAGAUUUUAACAUUAUUUGUAAUGACGGAGAAAGGAUAGAGGGAGCGCCUAGACUAGCCAUUAUGAUGAAUGAAUUUAACGAGUGUCUGGAUUCUUGUGGAUUAAUGGAUUUACUAGUUAAGGGCAGAUUGAUGACUUGGUGUAAUGGGCACCAGGGAUGUGCUCGUAGCUGGGCUCGAUUAGAUAGAGUGGUAAUGAAGUUUGCUUGUCUGGAAACAGCAUCGUCAGUAUUUGUGGAGUCCUUGUCCAGGAAGUUGUCAGAUCAUGCACCAUUACUGGUUAAAGGGUCGAGUGGUGUGGGGAGAUAUGGACCUACGCCUUUUCGAUUUCAAAAUAUGUGGUUGCCACAUUCUACUUUCCUAAAGGAAGUGGAGUUGAUAUGGAAAGAAUCUGAGCUUGAAGAGAGGAUUGAGCAAGUUGAUUUUCAACUACAGUCGGGUUUUCAGGAAGAGUUAGAGAUGGAAUUGUUGGUUUUGAAGGCUGAGCUUAAUUAUUGGGAGCGUAAUGAGGAGAUUCGUUUAUCCCAAAUUGCUAAGAAAAAAUGGUUAGAGGAUGGAGAUUAG